GAUAAAAUGCCUAACCGAUCAAAUGAGAGACUUGCAAUUACCAUCGUCAAUAAAUGCACCGAUGUCAGACUCGAGAACAAUAUGAAGUUGUGGAAAUUACCUUUAGAUAAAAACACGGCCGACUUCUCAGAGGCGUCGGCCAUAGUCAAGCGAUACUCUUUAGGCAAACCGAACCCAUUCGAGUGUAACACGAGCAAAACUAUUUUACUGACGGGGGAAACUGGAUCGGGAAAAACGACGUGGAUCAAUGCCAUGGUCAAUUACGUCCUGGGAGUCGAAUGGGACGAUCCUUUUCGCUUUAUUCUCGUCGACGAAGAUGUUAGGGGAGGGUCGCAAGCCAAUAGUCAAACGCAAGGAGUCACGGCCUACGAUCUACACCAUCAAAAUGGAUUCCGCAUUCCAUUUUCCCUGACUAUUGUAGACACGCCGGGAUUUGGAGACACCGGAGGAAUUGCGCGAGACAAGGAAAUCACAUCGGCCAUCGAAAAACUCUUUAAACAUAAAAAUGGCAUCGAGGAAUUGGAUGCAGUUGGCUUCGUCGUGAAAUCGUCUGAUGCCCGUCUCACCGUUUCGCAAAAAUACAUUUUCAAUUCCGUCCUGUCCAUUUUCGGCAAAGACGUCAAAGAAAACGUCCAUUUCCUCGCCACUUUUGCCGACGGAAAACGACCGCUAGUCUUGGAUGCCAUCAAAGAGGCCAAACUUCCCUGUCAGACAGAUUCCAAAGGAUUGCCGUGCUAUCAAAAAUUCAACAACGGCGCCAUUUACGUUAAUAAUCAAGAUGAAGAAGACGAGUCUUCGCCAAUCGAAUGGAAAAACGGAAUGAAGAAUUUCAAAUCUUUUUUCAACGAGCUGUCAGAUAUGCGAACUAAAUCGCUGCAAAUGACCAUUGAAGUCUUGGAGUACAGAAAGCAGCUGGAAAUGAAACUCAGAUGGACCAAGGACGCCAUCCCGAAGCAUUUAACUAAAAUGGAGGAGUUGAAAACCAAAGAAUCCUUCAUCGAGUUGCACAAAAUGGAAGUGGACGCCAAUCAGAAUUUUGAGAUCAGAGUGCCAGUCUCCAAAAAAUUAAAGGUGCCCGUCGAGCGCCUGACAGCGAUGAACUGCGCAAGUUGCGAAACGACCUGCCACUAUCCAUGCGAUCCUAAUUUGCUAAUGGGUUGGUGCCCAGCGUUUUCUUCGGAAAAUCUGACCGGCGGAGUCUUUGGUUUUCUGGCUGAAAAAGUGGUGAAUACAUUUCGCGAGGCCGACUGCAAAGUCUGUCCCUGCAACUGCAGCAGCAAAAGUCACGAGAACGAAAAACAUCGAUGGACCUACAAAAUUGUGGAGGAGACGCAAACCCUCAAGGAUGUGCGGGAAAAGUACGAAAAGGCCAAGGGGAAAAAGAUGGACGCCGAAGAGCUGGUGAUAGCUUUGAAAAAGGAUGUCGACAUCCUGAAAAAGGACAUCGUCAAAGCCAUCGACGAUAUCAAAGUCUUGCACAACGAACUGAAAAGGAACGCGCUGCACGGCAAUCCACUCACGACUCCAGAGUACAUCCGGAUGAUGAUCGAGAACGAGAAGAACGAACGUAAAGACGGAUUCACGGUGAGAAUCAAGAGCUUGGAAGAAUUGUUGCCACUGGCCAAGAUGACGGACGACAUCGUGGGAAAUGCGGCCGGAUUCGUCAAAGAACAGUUAAAAGGUUUGAUUUAGCUAUGGACACUGGCGCAUACCGCAUCUGGCAGUCUCAUCUUUUUAAUAGUCUUGAUUCGUUUGACCACCGAAUCCAAUCUAUAUCAUUGACUUUGAACAAAUUUUUGAGACAGUUAAAGAUGAAUAAAAAGGUCGCUGAAACU